UCAGUUCGACUCUCUUCGAUGCCGCUAACUUAGGUGAUUUUAGCUUGCGAAAGUUGUCAUCACCAUUAACUUUAUAAGUAGGCCUAUUCAUUUCAUAAAAGUGGAAAACUCCGGUUUAAUGACCGGUUAUUUCAGGAUUGGACACGGAUGUAGCCUACAAUACAUUAUGUAUUGGAUAUUCGUCUACUCAAUUAGUACUUUAAUAGCAUCUAACCCUAUUUAAAUAUAGCAUCUAGAAUGGUCGUAGUUUGAUCUCUACUAACAAUCCGCCGAUCUCAUGGCCCCUCGUUCUCCAACGCGAUACUCAAGAGAGGGAGGGACUAAGCUUCAUUCAUUUCACCCACUCGCCGCGUAAAAGCGGGAUUGGUGUCGAGCAGUAUACACACUAACCGGAGCACAUGGCCUUAGAUCUAUAAGCCAACUGUAAAAGAGUACCUGACCUGACCUAAUUAUCACCUGAAUGGAUAUAUGCAUUCCAGCACUGGCCAGAGUUUAUAAAGUCUGUUUGAGAUAACAAACAGUUUUUGCACUUCAUUUACCAGAUUAGAAAAUUAUUGCAUUCUGAUCAAAACAUAAUUUUAAAAAAAAAUGGAUGACUCUAUGCCCAAGGAAUCGUCAGCAAAGAAGCUCGAGAUGGAGCCGAUGGUAGAGAAGCAGGAAGGGAAGGAGAAUGGCAAUGAAGGUGGAAUCGUGCUGAAACAGAAUCUAUCCCUUCUUAAUGGAAUCACAGUCAUUGUUGGAAGUAUUAUUGGUUCCGGCAUUUUUGUCAGCCCAAAAGGUGUCCUGAAAGGUUCUGGCAGUGUUGGAAUGUCCCUUAUAGUUUGGCUUCUGUCCGGCGUGUACUCCAUGAUUGGUGCUUUCUGUUACUGCGAACUGGGCACCUCGAUUGUGAGGUCUGGUGCUGACUAUGCUUACAUCUUUGAGGCGUUCGGACCUUUCCUGGCUUUCCUUAGGCUCUGGGUGGAGUGUAUGAUCGUACGUCCAUGCUCUCAGGCGAUCGUGGCUCUCACGUUUGCUUAUUACGUCAUUGAGCCCUUGUUCCCUGACUGUGACCAGCCAGAAGUUGCAGUUAGACUUCUUGCUGUGAUCUGCAUAUUGAUUCUCACGUUCGUGAACUGCGCCUCUGUGACGUGGGCCACAAGGGUCCAGGACGUGUUCACCUACGCCAAGCUGAUUGCCCUCUGUCUCAUCAUCAUCACUGGCUUCGUUCAGCUGGGCCGAGGAGAGUUCGAAUACUUCCAAGAGCCGUUUGCCAACACAGAAACGGAUAUAGGAGAGAUCUCUUUAGCCUUCUAUUCUGGAUUAUUUGCUUACAAUGGCUGGAAUUACUUAAACUUUGUGAUAGAAGAACUGAAAAACCCUUACAAAAACCUGCCCAAAGCCAUCUGGAUCUCCAUUAUCUUGGUGACUGCUGUCUAUGUCAUGACAAACAUUGCUUACUUUACAACUGUUAGUCCAGACGAGAUCUUAGGUGGUGCCGCAGUCGCAGUGAUGUUCUCCAAACGCCUGUAUGGUAUGUUCUGGUGGUGCAUGCCUGUCUUUGUGUCCCUCUCAACUUUUGGUGGCGUCAACGGAAUCCUCUUCACCACUUCCAGAUUAUUCUACGUUGGAGGUCGUGAAGGCCACAUGCCCCAGAUUCUCAGUAUGGUCCAGAUUCAGAGAUUAACUCCCAUGCCAGCUUGUCUGUUUAUGGGUGCCCUGUCACUGUGUUAUUUGGCCUCGUCAGAUAUCUAUGCCCUUAUCAACUAUGUAGGCUUUGCUACAUGGCUGUCUAUCGGCAUGGCUGUGGUAGUGUUAUUAUACUUAAGAUGGAAGAGACCCAAUAUGCACAGGCCUAUUAAAGUUCACCUGGCCUGGCCAAUCAUUUACACUAUUGUCACAAUAUAUUUGGUUAUUUUACCGCUGUAUGCCAGCCCUAUGGAGACAGGUAUUGGAGUGGCUAUCAUUUGUACUGGCAUACCUGUCUACUUCAUUUUUGUUGCAUGGUCAUCCAAGCCCAAGGUGUUCACCAAUUUCAUGGACAAAAUGACGAUAUUUCUACAGAGAUUUCUCAUGGUGGUGCCAGAGGAGAAGAAAGUGGAAUAAUUUUUGCUGUUGUGCUGUAGACAUAAUUAGUCAAUGGACAUUGUAGAGAUCAAGAAAAACAUCAAGAAAUACACUAAAUAACUUGACGAACUUGUUAGCAAAAGAAAACAAGUUUUGGCACAAUGGCCAGCAUUCAGAAUCAAAUGCUGGCAAAAUAAAUAGAUUUUUAAUUACAUUACAAGGAGGGUGGAUAUCUAAAGUAGAAAGAAAGUAUAGAAUAAGAAAGGAACAUGGAUAAUUUAAGAAACUGUUGUUUUUUUAAGCUAAACCUUUUAAUGGGAUUUAUUUUAUAAGGGUAUGGUACUGAGUAUGACGCACUACUCAGGGCCCUAUUAAGGAAGUCAGUUCAAGCUUUAGGACUUGGAAUGAAGAGGCUUUGCGCACUACAGGGUGGAGCCAUAAUGUCCAAGUAUAUUGUAAAAUGAGAUGAAAGGAAUGAAGCGGAUCUGUCCAGCUGUUCAGGCAAUUACUACGAGUGCAUCUCAACUGACAUUACUUUCAUGUUUUAUUUCGUUCAAAUUUCUUCUACUUUUUGCUAAUUACUGGCAGAUAUUGCAUUUUUUAUUUUUAGUGACAAUGUAGUUUGAAUUAUAAAAGGGUUCUUUUAGUGAUUAUUUAUUGAGCUUAUUUAUAUGUCUUUAGUAUAAAUAUAAAAUAUUUGAUUUUCAGUUUUUGGGGCAAUAUAUUUUAAGAAUGUUUAUAGUAAAUUUUCCUGUGUUCUAUUAUUGUGAGCAACAUAUUUUAAUAAGUCUUUUAUGUAAAAACUGUUGUUUUUUUUCCCCUGUUUAAAUUUUUUAAAAAGCAAAGUCUCUAGAUAUAAAUAGCCUCAAUGUUUAGAGGGAGACAACUAGAUUUUAUGCACUUACAAUGGUUGUGAUUUUAAAACAAGGAUUUAAAAACAUUGAAAUCAUUCAAGUCGUAGGAACAGGAGAACCCAAUGGGUAGCAUAAGUAGGAAACACUCUGGGACAACUAAGAUUAGAUCUAGGUUCAGACAGUACAGCAAUCUCUUCAAACAGAUCUCAACAAAAUUUGCAUUUAUAUUUCGUCAUUGCAUUGUUUUCUGUUCCCAUACCAUUGUACUUGGCUAGAACAUGGCUGCCCUAUAAAUAUUUCUUCAUCUUUGUUUAGGUUGUCUGUCUAAUGCAUAGAAGUCUUGUUUGACUUUUUAUUUAGAUUGAAUUAUUGUAUUUCAAAUUACAUUAAAUUAAGAAAUUGUGUAAAUUAUUUUUUAAAAUAUGAAUAUAUUGAAUUUAAAGGAAACUCUUGUUUACUAUAUUCUCUUUCAUUUCAUUUGAUUCUACUUUCAUUAUAUACCUAAACAUCGACAUUUUCGACUUGUUUACAAAUGUUUUAGUGGUUUGGAUGCAUUAUUUUGUUGAAUAUCAUUUUUAUCAUUGAUUCAUUUACAUUGGUUCUUAGUCUAACCAUUUCUAUCGGUCGGGAAUGAUUUUAUUGUCUUGAAAAAUUAAUUUCAAACAAUAGGUAAUUAUAUUUUCAUGUUGAUUCUUGUGCACAAAUACACCUAGACACUUUAACAGGAGCUGAAUCAUUGGUUCUCUGUUUAUGACUCAUUUAGUGACACAAUGGAUACACAUGGUCAUUUCAUUUUGAUUGUUUUAGGCAGCAGCAAACACUUUGAUUGGCUAAUGUGCUGGUGAUAGCAUAAGUCUUCUUCCUCGUUCUCAUUCUUAAAUGGUGGAGCGUUCAGAUGACUAGACUUAUAGAAGAUGAACUGCGCAGCGGUUUUCAAAUCAGGGUGCUCUCCAUAUAGUUUUCUUUCUAUUGGGGUGUAUUGGGGCCAGUGUCUUGUUCGGGCCUCUUGGUAAAGAAUGCAGAUGUGAAGGACAUGGUCAGCAUUCUCUCAUGACACUCCACAUGGGCAGAUUUUAAUGGUUCAUAGCAUGAGUGUUUUGGCUCUUGUGAUGUCCUUGUAGACAACAAAACUCUAGCUAUCAUUCCAGUGCAGUUAGUAUAUUGCUUAGUCAUUGAAGAUAGAGAGAGUUGGACUAUGUGCCAAUCAGAAAUGCAAUUAUUCUUUAAAGCUAUUUCAUGGAGAAACUAUCACAGGCUUUAGUUUUUACAUAGAGGACACAUUUGAUGUAGCAUAUUUAAUAAUAGCCUCGUGGUGAAGUGCUUGAAUGCCAAGAGUCUUGAGUUUGAGUUAUAAGAUUCAAGGAUGCUUCGAAGUCUUUGCAGCUGUCAUCGCUGCCUGACAUUCAAACAGGAACUCAAGUUGUCAGUUCUGCUUGUGUAAAAUCCCCAUUACAUUGUUUUCGUUACAUAAAAACGCUACCAUCAGAUUACAUCAACUAUCUGGAGAUGUAGACAUUUACAUCUGUGACAAUAAGGUGCAACUUUUCACUAUUUAAAGGCUCAUGCAUUAUAAACUAACUAUUGUCUCCCCUAGUCAGCUAGAUAUCUUGCAAUUUUAAAAAAAAUUCUUUUUGAGCUUAAUUCAAACAUGUCAGUAUUCUAUUUAUUUCAUUCCCUUCAACAACAUUAAUUAAUUAAGUCUUUGAAGAAUGAAUAUGAGAAAUAAU